AUGGCGCGAGUACAAUCUGUGGCAGGGGAGAGCGUGUCUUCGCAGCCUGCAGAAGUUCUAAGCCGUUCCACUGUCCUUAUCAUUGGGGCUGGACCGGUGGGCUUGUGUCUCGCUCGGGUUCUAGCUGAAUAUGAUGUCAAGUCAGUUGUGCUUGAGAGAAAUGGGACGACGACCCGAUGGCCUAAAAUGGAUUUGACCAACUCUCGAUCCAUGGAGCUGUUUCGAAGGUUGGGACUUGCUCAAGAUCUUCGAAGUCAAGGCGUUGCUUCCCACAUAAAGUGUCCCGUCCUUAUUUCGACCGGCUUGCACAUGGAUCAGUGUGUUACAAAAUGGGACCAUCCAAGUGUAGACGAAAAACGAGUCCGCAUCGCACAAAAAAAUGAUGGCACAAUGCCCCUAGAGCCAUAUCAAAGGUUGUCACAGGUUUACUUUGAGAAGUGGCUACGAGGUCUCUGCGAUCAGAACCCCAACGUCGAAGUGCGCUACAACCAAAAAUUUGAAUCCCUUCAGGAAUGUGAUGGUGGGGUGAAAGCAGCAACAACAGACAUCGUCACGGGAGAGAAGAAGACGAUCAACGCCCGUUACGUCGUUGGGUGUGACGGUGCUUCGAGCAGGGUACGACGAGGCCUGGACAUCCCUUUGGAUGGUGGGCCAAUACCGCGUUAUGCACUCCUGGUGCAUUUUAGAUCAAGAGACUUGACCCGUCUUCACAAACAAGGCCAAUUUUGGCACAUCUUUUUCAUUGGCCAGACCGGCUUGGGUGCCGCCAUUGUUGCCCAGAAUGAGGUAGACAUAUGGACGGUCCACCAAUUUCUUCCGCUUGAAAAAGACCCUGAUACAAUUGAUUCGUACGAGUGCGUAUACACUGCUUUGGGCGCUCUUCACGGACGGUAUGAAAUCAAGAUAGAUGAGAUCUUGGUGCGGUCGAUAUUCCGGCCAAAUAUUGCCAUUGCACGCCAGUACUCAAGCAUGAACAGGAAGGUAUAUCUUGCCGGGGAUGCGGCUCACCAAAACAUUCCUACUGGAGGCUAUGGUAUGAACAUGGGAAUAUCGGAUGCUUACGAGCUCGGCUGGAAGCUUGCAACGGUCGUUAACGGCUACGCCCAUCCGGACCUGCUCAGGUCAUACGAAGAAGAGCGUCGCCCUGUAGCCCUUUCAAGCAUCGAACGCUCGGGGGUCCAUAUGAGAGUCCACAAUUCGGUUGCAGAAAUCACGCAGGGAAGACCAGAAAAGUUGGAUGAGAAGUCCGAGGAGGGCACAAGGGCACGACAGCUCGUUUCCGACCACUACCAACUCAACGACGGGGAGAACCGAGAUCUCGGUAUUGAAAUGGGCUACAGAUACAAAUCGUGCGUCAUCGUUCCCGAUUUGGCCCAAGAGCCGCCGUGGAGCCCCAGGGAACUGGUUGCGAGUACAUGGUCCGGGAUUCGAGCACCACAUGUUUUUCUUCGCGAUGGGACCCCCAUAUUCGAUCUUUACGGAAAGUAUUUCACACUUUUUGAAUUCUCAGACGGAACCGAUGUUGGGGCUGGUUACCUUAUUGAAGCAUCAGAGAAGCUGUGGGUACCCAUGAAGCACGUAGUCUUGAAGAACGAAGACCACGCACACCGGAUCUGGGAGAAGCGCUUGGUCCUCGUCCGUGUCGAUGGUCACGUUUCAUGGCGAGCAGAUAAGCUCCAGGACGCUGAGGCGGCCAUUCAAAUCAUUCGGACAAUCUCCGGCAAGAGCACUAGCUACCAGGCGGAAAUGAAAAAUGGAGAUUCACAUGUGGUGCCAGAAGCAUUCACCUCCACAGUUGACAACUCAACACAGCGGGCCGAGUUUCAGAUGGAGAAGAUUGGGGAAUUUCAACAGUAAACCUGGUCUGAUAAAUCUCAAAGGUUACAAGAGUCAGCAAAGGGAGGCUAGAGGCAAACAUGUCUAUCAACUCCGAAAAAUGCUAGGAAUAUGUUGCGACGAGUCAUGACAAAGGUGAGAGGAGUGUGUGUUGGCCAGACUCGAAGCCAACACGCGAGGAAGAUCUUCAUGUUUGCGACCAGAAUGUAUUUGGAAUACCUCAUGCCACUCUCCUUCGAAAGUGUGGGCACAAAAUUAUCGAUAUGUUCAUGUUUGUGCAUUUCUAAAACCAUACUACUUGCACAGAAUGCUCAAGUUCAAAUGAUGUCUUGUGUCGGGAUUUUCGGGGAAUACGGGGUAUGAAAUGUCCGAAGUGGCUGGGAUUCCUGGUGUUAACAUAGAGCUAUGUGGUGGUCUUGUAACCAUGCAGCGAGAAAGCCUCAAUGGUAGAAAAGGCGUCCAAUUUCCUCACUCC